CUUAUUAUUUUCUUGAUCUUUUUUUUUUUUUCUUUUGCAUUACGUGAUCUGCCAAUAAAAUUCCGAAGUUUAAAGCCUUUGAACAAUCAUCAGAUCAAACGACAACCUCACUUAGCCGUUGUCCACUUCAUGUUUCUUCAUGAUCAGUCGUUGUUUCUCCAAAUUUCGUUCCUUCUCUACUCUCUAUCUCCUCACUCGACAACAAUCUCCACGAGUGGAUCUCUACCAAUGUAAUGAAACGAUACAAUAUCUAGCCAGACUUGGCCGUGUCAACGAAGCUCGCCAGUUAUUCGACUCAAUGGUUCAAAGAGACUCGGUAUCAUGGAACUCUAUGAUUUCUGGGUAUACACACAACGGAAUGUUGCAAGAAGCGCGAUCACUCUUCAUAGCAUGUCGAGAAAAGAAUGUUAGGACUUACACGAUUUUAUUAUCUGGGUAUGCUAAGCAUGGAUUCCUUGAUGAAGCUAGGAUUAUUUUUGAGUCAAUGCCGGAGCGUAAUGUUGUUUCUUGGAAUGCUUUGGUCAGUGGGUACGUGCAAAAUGGUGAGUUGAAGAGAGCAAGAGAGUUAUUUGAUGAAAUGCCUGAGAGAAAUAUUUCGUCUUGGAAUUCUAUCAUUACGGGUUACUGUCGUUGUGGGAUGAUGAGAGAAGCAUGGGAUAUGUUUCAUAAAAUGGACGAGAGGAACAACGUAACUUGGAUGGUUAUGAUUUCUGGAUAUGUUGAGAUACACGAAUACCACGAAGCUUGGGGUGUUUUCUUGCUAAUGUUGAGAAGUGGAGUAAAGCCAGACCAGGCGUUAUUGGUAGUUGGCGUUUCGGCUAUUAUAGGGUUUAACCAUUUGUAUUUGGUUUGCAGUUUAAGGACCAUUGCAAUUAAGACAGGUUGCGAGAAAGAUGUUGUGGUGGGCACAACAAUUUUGAAUGCUUAUACAAGGAUAGGGGAUUUGGAUAACGCAUUUAAGUUUUUUCAGAUGAUGCCGGAGAGGAACGAGUACUCAUGGGCCACCAUGAUUUCUGCGUUAUCACAAAAUGAUAGAUUGGAUGAUGCAGCUGCUUUAUACGAUACAGAUUCUGUGAAGGGUAUGGCCGCACGAUCUACAAUGAUAUCUGCAUAUGCUCGAAAGGGAAAGAUUUAUGAAGCUAGGAAGAUAUUUGAUGAGAUUGUCAACCCAAGUGUUGUCACAUGGAAUGCUAUGCUUACUGGGUAUGCACUGAAUGGAAAGCUUGAAGAAGCAAAAGAAAUGUUCUUAAGAAUGCCAGUGAAAAAUUCUACUUCUUGGGCAGCUAUCAUUUCAUGUUGUGUGCAGAAUGGAAGGCAUAGGGAAGCUCUGAAUUUUUUUGCAGAGCUGCAUAAGACUGGGGGUAUUCCUAGUCAGUCAGGCUUUGCAAGUGCCCUACUUGCUUGUGCAAGCAUUGGAGAUCUUGAGGUAGGUAGACAAAUACACUCACUUACAAUUAAGACAAGGUGUCAGCACUGUCCAUUUGUUGGAAACGUGUUGAUUUCCAUGUAUGCAAAACGCAAUAACAUGGAAGAUGUUUCUCAGCCUUUUAAGACAGUGAGAGUGGGAGAUGACAUAUCCUGGAACCCGUUAAUUGCUGGAUUUUCAGAGAACGGCAUGUUAGAUGAUGCUCUCAAGUCUUUUCAAAAGAUGCCAAAGCAGGAUACUGUGUCUUGGACUACCAUCAUUUCAGCCUAUGUGCAAGCUGAACAAGGAGAAAAUGGCUUGAAGAUGUUUCUUGACAUGUUAGCCACUGGAAUUAAACCAAAUGACAUAACAAUCACGAGCCUUGUCAGUGCUUGUGGCAGCCUAGGCGCAACCAAGCUUGGGGAACAAUUUCAUGCGUUGAUACUUAAAUAUGGAUUUGAUUCAUGUUUAUGUGUUUGCAAUUCUUUGAUCUCAAUGUAUUUCAAGUGUGGGAGUUUGGAUGGCCUUUAUGUCUUCAAAGAGAUGCCUGAACGGGAUAUAGUCACAUGGAAUGCAGUUUUGACUGGUUGUGCACAUAGUGGACUUGGCACAGAAGCCAUCAAGUUCUUUGACCAAAUGGAAGCAGCAGGUGUUUCUCCAAAUGAAAUUAGUUUUCUAGGGCUUUUAGGCGCUUGUAGCCAUGCAGGGUUAGUGGAGAAAGGGUGGGCUUAUUUCAACUCUAUGAGCCGAGAUUAUGGGAUUACCCCAAUGGUUUAUCACUAUACUUGCGUGGUUGAUAUCCUUGGUAGAUCUGGACAGCUUUAUGAAGCUGAACAUCUCAUCAAUAACAUGCCUGUUAGACCUGAUUAUGUUAUUUGGGAUGCCCUUCUUGCUGCUUGUAGGAUUCACCAAAACAUGAAGCUUAGCUUGAGAAUUGCAGAUAAACUCCUCCAGUUAGGAAACCUGACAUCAGGAACUUACACUUUGCUAUCAAAUAUAUAUGCAUCUCAGGGCAUGUGGAAUAAAGUUGGAGAGGUAAGGGAAUUGUUGAAAGAUAGGGGAAUUAAAAAGGAACCGGCAAUUAGCUGGAUUCAUAUAAAAAACAGGCUGCACUCUUUUCUUUCUGGGGACAAGACACACGAAAAUAUUGAAGAGAUUCACAGUGCCCUGGGGGAAUAUUAUAAACAUUUCAGAUCAACAGGUUAUGUUGUUGAUACAAACCAUGUUCUUCAUGAUGUGGAAGAAGAAGAAAAACAGACUGAGCUUCUUUACCAUAGCGAGAAACUUGCAGUAGCAUAUGGGGUUUUACAUGCACCAAAUGGGGCUCCUAUACAGAUUAUGAAAAAUAUUCGCACUUGUGGGGACUGCCAUUCUUUUAUGAAAUUUAUGUCCACGGUUACUGAUCGAAAGAUUAUAAUUCGAGAUGGGAAUAGAUUUCACCACAUUCAAAAUGGUUCAUGCUCUUGUGGUGAUUAUUGGUGAGGAGAGCUUGUUUCACAAGGCAAUAAGCCUUAUAAGAUUCAUAAUCUGAUUGACUAAAUCGGGGUCAAAUCAAGCAGGUUCUCCGUUUCAGGCGGCUUAUAGGACAGCAUGUAAAGUUGCAGCAACAAUUUGGUUUGGAACAGCAGCUAAGCCACUAUACUCGGGUACAACAGAAGCUUUAUAAAUCUGAUCUCGGUAUCAACCACAGAGCUCAAUAGCAUCAGCCCAAGCAGGAUCCCUGAUGAAGGACAUGAGAGGAGUCUGAAACUACUUUUUAUCUGGCAAUGGCUCCAAGAAAAUCAUGUUGUUUAAGAAUGCCAUUUGGAAUAUCAUAAGACAGUUCCCAGUACUCAGCAUGACAUAAAUCUUCUACAAAAUGCUCUUCAAAUUGUAUCUCAACCAGGACUUUUUUAUAACAGGUUGAUAGCAUGGUCAGAUUGCUAAAUUUGUAAACCAUUCUUGUAAGAUCGACAAUGAUAUUGUUGCAACAUGCAAGACUCAUCAGAUGCAAGUCAUGAUGCAUCAACGGAGAAUAAA